AUGCCAGGUAUGAGUGAGGAAGGGGUGGAGUCAGGGAACCAGAGUCCAGUGAUGCCUAGAAGAUCAACUUGCAAUGAAAGCACCGUUCUUUGCGACCUUUACUUCAGCGAUCUUGCAGAGCAGAUAGGAGCAGAAUGGACUCAACUUGGAAUCAGACUAGGAUUAAACCAAGCAGCUAUUGACCACAUCACCGAGGACAAACUAACAGCAGUGGAUCGCAGAGUUGCUAUGCUACAGCUGUGGAAGAACCGAUCGUCAUGUUCGGAUAAGAGGAAGAUGGUGGAGGAGCUUUGCAAGGCCUUGAGUAGCUGUGGUAGGGGAGAUCUUGCAGGGGAUGUCAAAGAAACCGCAGGAAUCAGCUAAACUUCACAUCCAUUGGACAUUGUAAUACAGACAGCUAGAGAACUCCUUUAGUUUCGCCCUUGUUUUUCAGAGAAGCCGCAUUGAUAACCACUCAAGGUGGCAGGUAUAUCGGGUUUAUCACUUUAAUAAUGUUUCCUUCAAGUAUUGGUGACAAUCCAUUGCAGGUAUAUAACUGAGACUAAAACUGACGCACCUGCUCUCAUAACUGAAGGUGUCGUGGUAUAGUGGUUCUUUAACUUGAUUUAAGGGUUGGGGGUUCAAAUCUUAAGACAUUAAUCCACAUUUGCCACACUCUACUCAGGUGUAAGUGGGUACGUAGCAUUUGCAGCUUGGGAAAAUAUAAUUGCAGGGCCCUCGGGAAGAACAGAAUUGAUGCUGAUGAGGCAACCCUGUGCAUAAACAUGAUUAUUAGUAUGUUGAUAUUCAUAUGCAUAAACAGUCUGAACAACAUAGUAACUCUUGGAAGGUGUAUCUUAAUAUAAAGAUAUUCGCCCCCAAGUAAACUUGAUUCAAAGGGUGAAGUGUCGGGAGGUGUCCAGACCAAGUGCAGGAAUGUGCAGGUUGUAAUCAUGACAGAUCAUAAGAACUUGUGUAAAAUACUUAAUACAACUACACAAGAAUGUGAAGUAAUGACCUUUUUUAAAUUUUAUAUAUACAUGUAUAUUUUGGAUGGUAAAUUCGUUUCAUGUUCAAUUUUACCUUAUACAAGGGAAUCGAUUAUGAGAAUGUGAAUGGAAUAGGAAAUCGAUGGCGGAAAUUGCUAUAAUUAAUAUAAAUUUCCAAUUUCGUUCCCAGAAAAUGUUUUGUUUAACAAGAGAAUACUGUUACCUAUAAGUUAAUCUUACAUUACAAGUUAGGUAAAAACAAAAAGGUGUAGUACGAAAGCUGAUAAGUUGCGUAGCUUACAGAACCGAUAUAACAUGUGUAUGUUAUGUAGAUAUGAUGUAUUAUCUUCUUUUUUUGUUGUUAUAAUGUCUUAUACACUUGUGUUCGUUCUUAUUUCACUUUAUUCAUCAUGUCAUUUACAAGUUAGUCGAUUAACAUUCUUCUAUGGAAUGUUGUAUUUUGCAAUGGAAGGAAAUUCCUUAAACGUAUUAUACCAUAGUACAGUUUAUAGAAUCCAUUUCAUAUUUCAUUAUCAUUUAAUAACAGAAAUUGAAUUAAAAAACAAAAAAAUUGGUACAUAAUAUGUGAGCCUAAUCAUGAAUUCAGCAAAGAUGUGUAACAUGUGGUAUCUUUUGUGGCUCGAGUUUGUAGCAUUUAUUUACAAAAGUCUAUACAUACUUUGAUUUCAAAUAAAAUAUAUGUGAUAUAAUUGGUAUGCUCUGAAUGUAUGAAACAAUACAAUGAUAAUUAUCCACGUAUAUCACUUUCUUUGUCAUACAUUUAUGAUAACAUUUCUUCCAUGAAUGAUCAUGCCUUGAUUGAAAUAUCAUGCCUCACAUAUUGAACUAAUGAUAUAAAACUGAAUAUGUGAAAUGGAAAUAUAUAGUUCUAUAACAAUUAAUUAUGUCAAAGAGACAAACAUCUUGUGAAUUGACCAUAAAAUGAUUUUAUAUUUUCCAAGGUGGAAAGUAAUGCUUGAUGGAAUGAACCAACAAGAAGUGUGAUAGUUAAGAUUGUUGCAUUCCUUUCGUAGUUUAUGUGUAAUAAUCAUGGUACUUUUACAAAGUUAAUAUUUAAAGUUACCAAAUACUGACCAAUUACAUUAAAAUGUUUCAAAGUAUUUUCAUUACAUCACAUCUAUUCCAUACAUAGAUGCACAAUGUAGUGAUUUGGGAUUUGUAAUGAAUGAUACUGCACACUAGCAGCUUUAAUUUCCACUUUAAUGAAUUUAAUUGGAUGAACAUGCCAAAUUGAAACAACAAUUGGUUCAAAAUCUGAAGUAUGUUAGUUUAAUAUUUGGUUUAUAUUGAAAUAGGAACAAAUUGGUUGACUGAAAAUGAAUGAGUAGGAAAGUUGAAAGAUAGAAAUUACAUGUGUAAACGAAUUAAAGCAUUUUAGCCUACAGAAAAAUAUUAUAAGUAAUGGCUCUGAAUGAAAUGGGAAAACAAAAAUAGUUUUGAGUGCGCAAGUUUGUGGGUAUCUUACUAUUUCAUCGGGCUAAGGUUACCUAUCCGCCAAAUAAGCAGCCUACCAUAAGGGUGGAGUGUCGGGAGGUGACAUGGGGG